UUUUUUUUGGGCCAGAUAAAGAAAAAGUGUAGGCGCGUAUUUUAUCUUUUCCUUCUUUCUUGUUUUCUUAACUGUAUCAAUGAGUUCUUUUACAUUUGGGGCUCCUGCCUCACAAGCUACUACUAGUUUCGGUGCACCAGUUACAAAUCAUUCAGCAGCAGGAACUUUGUUUGGAACGACAUCUACAGGUUUUGGAUCAACAAAUACCACAACAGCAACUCCUUCAGCUGCCGGUUCACUCUUUGGUAAUCCACCCGCCACUAGUACCUCAGGCUCCUUAUUCGGUUCUACGCCUACACCAGCAUCUUCUUCAGGUACCUUUGGAUUUGGAGCCAGUAGUACAGCGCCUACCUCAUCAACAGCACCAGGAUCAAGUUUUGGAUUUGGAAAUACUCAGCAACCUGCUACAACAUCUACACCUGGCUUUGGUGGAUUCGGUAAACAACCUCCUGCAACAUCAACAACUGGUUUUGGUGGAUUUGGUACGUCUUCAGCAGCUACGACUAGUUCUGCACCAGCAACAACUGGCUUUGGUGGAUUUGGUAUGUCUUCAGCAACUACGACCAGUUCUGCACCAGCAACAACAUCAUUUGGUGGAUUCGGAAGUAAUCAACAACAACCUCAAACUAGUGGAUUUUCUGGAAUAGGUUUUGGUCAACAACAACAGCAAAAGCCUGCAACAACAGGUGGGUUCGGUGGAUUUGGUGGAUUUAGUGGAUUUGGAAGUAAUCAACAAGCACAAGCAUCAUCUGGAGGACUCGGUCUAAAUACAGGCGGUGGUUUGUUUGGACAACAAAAAGGAACCACUGGUUUUGGUCAAACAUCAACAGCAAAUGCCUUUGGACAACCACAGCAACAACCUCAACCUCAACAACCACAAUAUAAUGUAUGGCAACAAUUAGCUCUCAUUAAAGCCAGUUGGGAUCCGACCUCACCAUUAUGUCAGUUUAGACAUUAUUUUUACAACAUGGUACCACCAAAUGAAGUACAUCUAUAUGUCCGUCCUCCUAAUCAAGAUGAACAACUAUGGAACGAAGCUCAACAAAAGAAUCCUGAUUUAUCAUGUAUGGUGCCUGUACUUGCUGUUGGAUUUGAAGACGUUUUGAAGCGAAUGGAUAUUCAAGAUCGACAAUCGGAGCUACACAAAGAAAAAUUAGAGGAAGUUAGCCAACGAUUAGAAACAGUGCGAAGGAAAUAUGAACUUGGUAGUCGAGCUCGCCUAGAAGAACACAAAAGACGUCAUGCUGAUCUAACUCAACGAUUAAUACGAUUACUUCGACUGGUACAAGUUUUACGUUAUAAAGGAUUUCCUCUUAGUAAUGAAGAAGAAUUAUCUCAAAAACAAUUUGAAGAACUGUCUACGCAAACCAAUAAUCCAGAACAAUUGUAUACCAAGAUGGUCGAAUUAUGGUCACAACUACAAGCUAUCAAGAAAUCAAGAUCUACAUCUGGUGAUGGCCAUUGGGAGGCAUUGAAUCAAAAUGAUACCACAAGAAUUGCGAAGGUUCUUGGUGAUGAACAACAAGGAUUGAGUCAUGUUAUUGACAUACUGAAGAAGGAUUUGGAAGAUGUAAAGGCCUUGGAAGCAAACAUCAAAUUAGAAGCCAAGAAUAAGGAAAAUAAACAACCGUUACCCGUGUAGUUUGAUUCUUUAUUAUUAUUAUUAUUAUUAUUCUGUUUUAUUUUAUACUUGCACAUAUACAUCUUCCUCUCUCCUUUUCUUUACUCCUUCUACUAUAACACAUACAUACACAUACAUAAAAACACACAGACACUUACAUACUCUCUUUUUCUUCUGGUAUCCUCCUGUUUUUUUUUUUGUUAUUCUUCUUCUGCUUCACACAAU